AUGCUAAAAGACACAAAAAACUUUUGUAACAACUGUAGUGCUUGCAUGGAAAAUAAACCUAAAGCAAAAUUGACAACACCAAAAUUUGUUAAAAAGAGAGAUCUCACCUGUGGAGAAGUAAUUGCAAUUGAUGUUGUGGGAAAACUACCUAGGUCACACGAUCAAAAAUUUUAUAUUUUAACAAUCAUUGAUUAUUUUUCCAGGUAUUUGGAAGCCGUACCCUUAAACAACAUUAAAUCUUCCACCAUAAUUUCCACCUUAAAUCAGUAUUUCUCACGUUUUGGAAUUCCAAAGACUCUGCUGUCUGACAAUGCUCCUAACUUCAAGUCUUUGGAAUUAGAACAUUUUUUGAAAUCACUCAAUAUUGAGCAUAGAAAUUCAUCUAUAUACUAUCCACAGAGUAACGGGGUUAUUGAAAGGACUCACAGAAUAAUGAAAGAAAGCCUGUCUGCUAUGUCCAACUCUGUUUGUGAGUGGUCUGAUAGGUUACUUUUUUUUAAGCUUCAUUAUAAUAGUUCCAAACAUUCUGUUACUAAAUUUGCACCUGCUGAAAUAUUCUUUGGUAGGAAUCUGAACUUACCUUCUACACUGACUUCUCAAUCUAAUGAAGGGGAAAGCCCAUCUAAAUAUCUAAAAUUGCUCAAAGAACAUAUUCUAGAGACUAAGGAAAUGGUAAAAUUUAAUGAAAAUGAGUAUUUUUCUAAACAUCUGAAAUACAUUAAGGGUCGUGCCAUUCCUAACUUUGAAGUGGGAGAUAAAGUAUUUGUAGAAAUACCAUCUCACACAAACACCUUUUUGUUUAAAAAAGUGAAAGUGUCGUCGAUCCACGUGCGUCUGGACAUUAGAGGUUCGGUAAUGCAAUACUAUGAAACUCAGGUGUAUGAUGUGUUCGUGACAAAAGGAAAUACAGCUGUCCUUAAAUGCCACAUACCGAGCUUUGUAAAAGAAUACGUUUCUGUUAUGUCCUGGAUGCGUGAUGAUGGCCACAUCAUUCAUCCCGAACCAGCUUCAGGUGGCCGUUAUAGCGUUUUUCCAAGUGGUGAACUGUACAUCAGGCACGCUGAUCCCAGUACAGAUGGUUCAAGGAAAUACUACUGUCAAACUAAGCACAGAAUAAGUGGAGCAAUUAAGCAAAGCAGUUCUUCAGGAAAGCUUAUUAUUACAGAACCACAUAGUACAUUUCCUCCCCGCAUCAUUGACAGAAAAGCUAAUCUGGUCACCAAACAAGGCAGCUCAGUCGAACUUCCGUGUGCAGCGGAAGGAUAUCCAAUCCCUCAAAUUCACUGGUUGAAGCAAGAUAAGAGCCAAACGAUGCGUUCAGUCAAAAACCAGAGGUAUCUUCAAUUAGGAGGGACGCUUAUCAUCAGGAGGGCGGAGCCAGAGGACAGUGGCAAAUACGUCUGCUACGUCAACAACAGCGUGGCUGAUGAGAGGAUUGAUACCGAACUACUAGUAACAGCUCCUCUGAAAGCAAGUAUUAGUCCGAGACAGGUAACUGCAGAGGAAGGGGAAUCUAUUAUUUUUAACUGUACCAUUAAAGGGCACCCAGUACAUUCUGUGACAUGGAUGAAGAAUCUUCACCCGGUUGUUGCUAAUAGCAGAAUACGAUAUUUGUCCAGAGACCUUCUUCAGGUGGCCCCCAUCAUGAGGGAAGACAAAGGCAUGUACCAGUGCUUUGUGAGCAACGACUUCUGGAUGGCUCAAGGAACAUCCGAGCUCAAUCUUGGCGAUGAUCCCCCAGUACUCGCAUAUACCUUUCCAGAACAGACGCUAGAGCCCGGGGCUUUCCUCUCCCUAAAGUGUACUGCUACAGGAACACCCCUCCCGCAAAUUACUUGGAGCUUGGACGGUUUACCGGUGACAGAAGGCCUAAGGACACGUGUGGGAGAUUUUGUGACAAGUGAUGGUUUUGUAAAUAGUUUCGUAAAUAUUACACGACUGCAGCCAGAAGAUGGAGGAACGUACGAAUGCGUAGGAUCUAAUGAUAUAUCAACAGUCAGCCAUGCAUCCAGGCUUAAUGUGUACGGUCCGCCAUUUGUCAAACCUAUGAGGAACAUUUCCGUUUUGGCGGGAAAUACGUUGAAUAUUCGUUGCCCUGUUUCUGGGUACCCAAUCGAAAGAAUUAUAUGGGAAAAAGGCGAGAGCAAACUUCCACAGAACCGGAGACAGCAGGUUUUUCCAAACGGCACAUUGAUCAUCAAUAACGUGGAUCGGAACAGCGAUGAAGGCACCUACAGAUGCAUCGCAGAGAACAAAGAGGGUGAAAGUGCCUUCAGGGAUGUCGGAGUUAAAGUCCUGGUUGCUCCUGUGAUCAAUCCAUUCCACUUCCCACCAAUUUUGAAAGAAGGCAACAGAGUGAUUAUUACUUGUUCCGUUAUGGACGGUGAUUCUCCCAUUGUUCUUAGCUGGUACAAAGACAACCAACCUCUAAUGGAUAAUAACAACAUUGUUGUGGAAUCAGCUAAUGAAUUUAUGUCUACGUUGUAUAUGAAGAGAGUCACUUAUGAACACAAUGGGAAUUACACUUGCGUAGCUUCAAACAGAGCAGAUAUCGUCAAUUACACAGCUCCCAUGGUUGUAAAUGUUCCACCUCAAUGGAAAAUCCCACCUGCUGACAAAUCUGUAGUUGUUGGUCAAAAUGUAGUUAUUGAUUGCCAAGCUGAUGGAUUUCCUCAACCAAGGAUAUGGUGGGAAAAAUCAGAAGAAGCGGGGCCCAGAGACUACAGGACAAUCAUCAGCAACUCCCACAUUCACGCCUUAGAGAACGGAUCGUUAAUGAUUCGGGAAGCAGAACAGAGCGACGCAGGAUUCUACCUUUGCCAGGCAACCAACGGCAUUGGAUCUGGAUUGAGCAAAGUCGUUGAGCUUACCGUGCAUGUGGCUGCGUAUUUUAAGGGAAAAUUUGUCGUUCAAACCUUAAAAAAAGGUGACAGUGCAAAUCUGUUUUGUGAGUCAUUUGGUGAACUUCCAAUCACCAUUCUAUGGAGUAAAGACAGACAAGGAUUUGAUCCCGGAACUGAUCCAAGGUAUGAAUCAACAAUAGAAAGCAGAACAGAUAGCGUUAUUUCUAAGGUAUCCGUUCCUGCCAUUGAUAGAAGAGAUUCAGCACUAUUUACUUGUGUCGCAACUAACGCCUAUGGUCAAGACGACACAAAUAUACAGCUCAUUGUCCAAGAGCAACCAGACAGUCCGAGCAACAUUCUGGCUGCAGAAAUUGGGAGCCGUGAUAUUACCAUAAGGUGGACUCAGCCUUACACAGGAAACAGCCCAAUACUUUCCUACAAAAUUCAGCAUAAAUUAUCAUCUGAAACAUGGGGAGAUGGCGAUCGAACAACUACAAUUUCUGGUCGGGACACAACUGCUAUCAUAAGAGGACUUAAACCUGUCACCAGUUAUCAUGUUAGAGUACUGGCUGAGAAUAGCAUUGGAUGGAGUGAACCAAGUACCGCAGUGCAUAUAACAACUGCAGAAGAAGCACCUGAAGGAGUACCAACAGCUGUGCAUGCAGUAGCUUCAUCAUCUAACACAGUUCAUGUAUCAUGGCAACCUCCGAAAAAAGAUUUGAGGCACGGAAACAUAAAGGGAUACUACGUUGGAUACAAAUCUUAUGGAGGAACAGACAACUAUGUGUACCAAACUGUAGAAGUUCAAGGUGAUUUCAAAGAAGAAAUUAUUUUGACAAACUUGAGAAGAGCAACAAAAUACAGCGUAAUCGUCCAGGCAUUUAACUCAAAAGGUUCUGGACCCCCAUGUGAAGAAGUUGUAGUUGAUACUUUACUAAGUGAUCCCCCCACAUCUCCGAGCUUAAGCAUCAUAUCAGUUACAACUACAUCGAUUCAUUUGAAAUGGUCUGCUCCAGAAAAAGAUAAUACUCCUAUAACAGGUUAUUACUUAUACUUCAAAAAGGAGUUUGAGACAUGGGAAGAGAGACAAAUUCCAGGACAUCAAAUCAGUUAUACAUUUCAAGAUUUAUAUUGUGGAUCGCACUAUCAGUUUUACAUUGUUGCUUACAAUGCUGUCGGUAAAGGAAAACCUAGCGAAGUUAUAGCUGGGAAAACAUCAGGUUCUGCUCCAAUUGCGCCAAAACGGGAUGUGCUCCUCAGCGUGAACUCAUCUGCUGUGGCCCUACAUCUUAACACAUGGUUAGGAAAUGCCUGUCCAGUAAACUUUUUCAUCGUGCAGUACAAAGCAAAUACACAGAGAGAAUGGGUGCUCGUCUCUAAUAACAUCGUUCCUGAGCAGAAACUCCUAAUCAUACCUGACUUAACGCCUGGAACUUGGUAUACUAUUCUAAUGACAGCACACAGUGAAGCAGGUCCAACAGAAGCAGAAUAUGUGUUCGCAACAUUGACAGCUUAUGGUGCCACAGUUCCACCUCCCCUCGGAAUGGACGAAAGAAGACCGUCCCUGUACAGAAGCCUUAGUAUUCUGGUGCCCAGCGCAUGCGCUGUAGUUGUUCUCAUCGUCAUAGUUAUUGUAGCAUGUGUGGUAAUUAAGAAAAGACGCCAUGUAGACAAUCCUCAAAGAAGAGGUGAGUAUAUUUAAGUGCUGUAUGGCUUAGUUAUUGAUUCCCGGUUUAGGGAGGAGAAGUCUGGGGAGGGCAUGAGUAUGUCCGUGAUGGAACGGAAGCAAGGUAGUGCAGGAAGCGGAAGUCCUGUCAAAGACCAACUCUACUAUCCCUCCCCAUAUGCCAUGAGCCAUAUUCAAAUGUUCCAGAAGCAGGGAUCUCCUGAGUCAGACUGUAGUCAAAGUUUGAGAAGAGAUUUCGGGAGGCACGAACAUAUAUAUGAUGUUCCUUAUCCUCCUAAAUGGCAUGAAGAUGAGGAAACAUACUCACACAUAAUGGAAAAUUCAAACAUACCACUCCAUCCAAGCAACAAUAUUUAUCAAGCUCCUCGCAUUAUUCCAAUGCAUCCUGUUAGAGCGAGUCCUACGUCUCAUCGAGAAAGAAGGUCUAGUAAAAGUAGAAAUUCUCAAAGACUCAGCUACAAAAUAUCAACAAUGACUUCAGACGGUCAUUCUGGUGAUGAAAGUGAAAAUGAAACUACGUACAUUUUCAACAGAGAAGUGCCGGCAUCAUAUCUAGACAGCCACGAGAUGUCAGAAGCAGAGUGUGAUAGAGACUUACAUGAGUUUUGUGAAAAGAGUGAAAAAUUUCAAAUAUUUGAACAAUACGAUGGACAAAGGAUAUGUAUAACAUAAGAAGUGCUUCAUCAUGUAAAUAAAUCUGAUGUGAUCUGAUAUGUAAAUAUUGUAAUGUAAAUUGAAUAAUGAACUUAAACUGUGUGUUUCAAAUUGAAAAUA